GGGGAUGGUGUCGCUGCGAUCGUCUUAGUUCCAUCGCAAGUUUUUCGACAGUUCUCACCAAGAUUUUUUGACCAAAAAAAGUGAUUCGUGUGUGUAAAAUAGUGGCGAGAGCGCACCCCAAAUUCCAUCAAAUCCUUGUACAAGUACCCCCCUUUAGGCCUGUGGUGCACAGUGUGCGCGGGGCGUGUGGGAAAGUGGUGAAAAGUGAUGUGGAAAAAUGUUGUGUAACUCGUAGAAAGGCAGGCUCUUGGUUUUGUUGCCUCUUUUUCCCCACACACGACACCAGCAGGGAUUUACUUGCAUUGGCUGUGGCGCCCCCCGAUUGUGGGCCCCAAGAGUGCCUCGAAGCCCGUGACGUGGGUUAUUUUUCUUCUUGUUGCGGUAGUGUGGUGGAGCUGCCCUCCGGGCGGACUGUGUGACAAGUGCCCCCGCGUGAGUGUGUGCGUGUUGGCAAGACGUAAGAGAUGGCUCUGGACGCCCGGAACAAUUCGGCCCUCUUCAAGCGGGCCGAACAGCUAAAGCGUUGGGAGGAAUCGGACACCAACCAGGCUACGGUGGUGCCCAAAAACGCCCACGCGCGCAAAGUUAAAUUCAGCGCCGGAUGCGUCUUCCUAGCCGCCUGUAUGGCUGGUGAUAAGGAUGAGGUGCUGCGUCUCCUGGAGCAGGAGAAUGCCGACAUUAACACGUGUAACGUGGACGGAUUGACGGCUCUACAUCAAGCUUGCAUCGAUGACAAUUUGGAUAUGGUGGAGUUUCUAGUGGAACACGGAGCCGAUGUCAAUCGUGCCGACAAUGAAGGUUGGACACCUCUUCAUGCCACAGCUUCCUGCGGAUUUGUCAGUAUAGCGCGGUACUUAAUUGAGAGUGGGGCAGAUCUGUCUACGGUUAGUAGUGAUGGGGAACUUCCAAUAGAUCUGUCCACAUCAAAUAGUAUGGAGGAUCUUCUGCAAAAGCAUAUUGAUGAGCAGGAGAUUGAUUGCGAGGAGGCACGUUCGCGGGAAGAACGAAUGAUGAUGAGUGAUGCAAAGAGGUGGCUAAGGAGUGAUGCAUCGGAAGUGGAUAGACCGCAUCCACGAACAGGAGCCACGGCACUCCAUGUAGCCGCUGCAAAGGGGUACAAUCAUGUCUUGAGCCUUCUGCUUGCGGGACGAGCGAAUGUGGAUAAGCAGGACAAUGAUGGUUGGACGCCACUACAUGCUGCGGCGCAUUGGGGUCAAAAAGAGGCGGCCCACAUGCUAAUCACGGCACUGGCUGACAUUGACACGAAAAAUUUUGCCGGGCAGACAGCGAUUGAUGUUGCUGAUGGAUCCCUGGCACGGUAUUUAGAGGAGAUUAGGAAGAAGAAGAAUAAGAGGCGGCCAGGCAGCCAAAUAAGAAUCCAGGAUGGUUUGGAUGCAAAUAACGAAACACCACCCAAAGUGAUUCGUGUGGAAGUUAAGCCAGAAUUGAAAGAUGAAGAGAGACCGAAGGCACCAAGUGAACAAAUAACGAAUCGUCCGGAAAUAAUUGAAGAGGAUUCAAAUACAUGGAGAAGACCACCAAUUACAACAGCUAAGGCACGUGCCCGACAGGAAAGUCCACCGAAAAGUCAAGUACCGGACAAAGAGGUUACACCAUCGGACUCUGAAGUGAUAUUAAGACGAACACAGAGUUUUGAGCACGAUGAAAAAUUUUAUCAAAAAUAUCGAGAACUCCGGGCAAGAAUAAAGGCAAAUUCCUGUCCAGUUCUCCCUGCAACACCGGCAAAAGGGGUUGUCGGGGGUGGACCAAAAACUGUUGGCAGAGUAGACAGCACCGGAAGUGUGGAAGUUCGUGGAAAUACUGGAGUUGUUGUUAAUACAAAUCCCUCACAAACAUAUUCGGUACAACGAUCAGCUUCACUCAAAGAUUACAGACAAAUAAGAAAAACUCCAGUUUCACCACCACAGAGUCCAACGACACAAACACCAACAACUGCAGCAUCUGCACCAGUUAGAAGGAAUGUGGAGGAAAAUGUGGCAUCUGGAGUCGAACAGACUAACAAUAAUGCCCAAAGUCAAGCCCAAAGUAAUCAGCAAACCACAAAUAAAAUGUCUCCUGGAAAUAUUUUCAAGAAUUUCUUCAAGUCAUUUGUGCCACCAACACGUGAUGAAGAGAGUGAGACACAACGAAAAGCUCAUGCCAAACGUGUUAGAGAGACAAGAAGAUCAACCCAAGGGGUGACUCUUGAUGAAAUUAAAAGUGCCGAAGAGUUGGUGAAGAAGAAAAACCUCAACAAUAACAAUGCAAAUGCAAAUCAGAAUGAGAACCCAUCAGCAGUUGCAUCAAAUGAGAGAGUUCCGGGAAAUGUGGUGGCGGUGGAGGCAAAGGCAAGUGCCACCCCGGGGUCUCCUCCGGAUGCACAAGACAAGGUAUCAAAGGUAUCACCACCAUUGGCUGUCGAUGUGGGAACAAAGAAAGAACCCGAUGAGGUUGUCACGGCAACGUAUACGCUGACAGCCCCACAGGCAACAACCGGGAAACGUGAUAGUAGUGAUGAUAAAGUUGUUGUUGCCUCAUACACAAUUUCCCCACCACCGGCGGCCGCUACGGCGAAUGAUGUGACAUUUAGGGCAUCAAUACCGUCCGCACGGGAUGAUGGGGCACGCACAGGUGGUGGUGGUGGUGAUGGCGAUGGGAGGAAGGGGGUAACAACAAUCUCGGCAACCAUCAAUGUGCCUAGUAGCAACAAAAAGACUGAUUUGGAGGAAUUAACGCGGACAGCAUCACCGACUGUUAAGAGUAGUUUUAGAUUUGACAAAUUGGCAAGUGAUAGGAAGGGGCACGAAGAGGUGGAGGGCAGUACGAAGGAGCCGCAAGUGGUGGAGAUGCAGCCACCGGAACGGAUGCCGCGGUACAAGAGAUCCCUCUUUGACAUGGACAAUGCCAGUUCACUUUCACUCGCUGAAAAGCUCCGGAAUGAAGCCAAUAAAUACUCAGAGGCUAGUCGGGCUACUGUCAUCACGACGUCUGGGCACACAGACGUAGUGGAGGCUGGAAGUAAAUGUGAUCCACCACAAGCAUCUCCGCUGCAUCAAGCAACACCCGAUAGGCGUCCCUCGUGGCGACUCAAGGUUGACACUGGGAGCAAGUUUAAAUUGGAAGAAGUAACAAGCUCCAGUGAUGCAGCAGUGACAACAACAGCAGGAAGUAGUCCAACGAGCACAGUGAUACCAACUGUGAGUGUCCAGCGUCGACCAAAUAGCGUAAUAAGUGGAUCAACGGCCACAACAACAACCACAGUGACCCUCAAUCCGAGACCUGUAUCCGUACCGUUGCUACCCAGUUCCGCGGCUGCCCUCGAGGCCCAACAAAAUGAUCGAUCACCAUCGAAGGGGAGUAGUGCCAAUGAUGCGGAUUCAUUGGUGCGACGAUUUAAAAAUAGUGAUGAUAAAGAAAAUGAUAAAGAAAAUGAUAGUCGAAGUGUUCAAGCAACUCAAGCAGUUAUACAGAGACGACGACGUCCCAAAAGACGAUCAACUGGAGUUGUACACGUUGAUAUGGAUGAAAUUGAUCCGGAACGUCAAGAAUCACCCGUCGAUGGUGAUGACAAAGAGUCUGGCAACGAGCAACCAUCUUCAAGGUCUCGCCUUCAAUCAGCAAGUUCAGUGGAUCAGACUGCAGAAAGUAAAUCCGAUGCGGGGGAUGUUGAAGAGAAUGGCGAGUUGAUUGAUUACAAAGCUCUCUAUGAAGCUUCCAGAGUCGAAAUUGAGAAUUUGAAAAUGCAGUUGCAAAAGAAGGAAGAGACACUGCAUAGCACCAAAGCGGCUCUAGAACGAUUCACAAAUGCUACAACCAAAAAUUCAUUAUCUGAACUGGAGAAACGUGAGAGAAGAGCAAUGGAGAGGAGAAUGUCAGAGAUGGAGGAGGAAUUGAAGCUUCUACAAAAAUUCAAGACUGAGAAUGAGCGUCUACGUGCCGAGAAUCGAGCACUUACACGAGUUGUCUCGAAAUUAACAACAUCCGCUCAAAAUCAACUUCAUGGCAAAUGAUUUUUUAUUUGAUAAUUUAAACAAUAACAAAAAGAUCCUUAAAAAUUAAUAGGACGUUGUGUGAAAAAAAAGUGUGACAAAAGGAGUUUCUUUUUACGAUCUUUUUGGCAGAGAAAAAAAUGAAAAUCGGAAUAUUUGCCGAGAAAACAAAAAAACCUUUCAGUGCUCAAAAAAGUCUCAAUUUUGUCACACUUAAUAUUAAAAUAAAAAUUGAUUAAAGAAUAAAAAAAAGAAGAAACUGAUGAAGAGAUUGCAAAGAAGUUGAUCCAUCAUCAAAACCACACCGUCGUCUUCUCUCGCAUGAUUCAAAAGCAAAAUGUAUAAAAAAUCGAAACGAAAUUUGGGGGUAUGGACAAAUUAAUAUCUUAAUUAAUAAUUCUGAAAAUUUGUUAAACAUUUUUAUUUGAAAGAAAACUCACACAAUAUGCCAAAAGUGUUGGUGCAUUUUUUGCGUUUCGUUUUCUUUACAUUUUUUUAUUAUUAUUUUAAUUUGUUGUCUCUCUGUAACCCAAAAAUAGACACAAGUAAACAAACAAACCAACAAACAGUACAUCCCAAAUACUUUUCUUAACACUACACACACAUCGUACCUUUAGAAACACCCCACGUGUGCUUUUUGAAAAAUCUAACAAAAAGAAUGAUUUUUAUUCAAAAGUAAAAUCUUUUGUUGUUUUAACCAAAGACUUUGUUAUUGUUGAAGAAGAAAAACUUGUUAAUUAUGUUUCUAACAAAUUUUUAUGUUUUAUUUAGAUAAAGGAGAUUAUUCUCAGACAUGUAUGGAAGUUGCCUAAAAAAGAACGAGAAAUCGCAAAAGAAACUCCUGGAGCUAGUAUUCUCUAAGAGUGAAAAUCUCUCGUGAUAAACUCCCGAAGGCUUUUUGCAGGGAAAAAGUGAGGAAAACUUCACGUGAGCUUGAUCCUUUAGGAAAAAUAAUGCAUCCCGUAAGAUUUUCCCGGUUUUUACGUUUCUUUUAAAGCGCUAAACCCUUCAGGAAUUUAUCACGGGAGUUUUUCACUCUUAGAGAAUUCAUGCCCUGAUCUUUGAACAAAAAUGUUUCUUUGAACCUGAAUAUCUUCCAUACAUGUCUGAAUAGCCUCCUUUUAACUAAAUUUAGGAAAUUUUGUAUUAUGUGUCUGUUGGUUUUUAUUAGUGAUUUUGCUGAUAAUGACAAAAACACAUCUUUUUUUUUUCUUCUUCAUUUAUUUAAAACGUUUUUCAUGUUUAAGAAAAUUAUAUGUUAAAAAGUAUGUAAAAUGUGUGCAUUAUUUGUGUCAUUAACCCGGAUUUGACCACCAAGAAUGCUCCAAAAAAUGACAUCUCUGUUGAUUUUGAAAACAUCUAAGGAGAGUAGAAAAAAGAAGUUUUUAUUUUUUCAAAAGUCAAAAAAGAUUCGAUUAAAAAAAGAAUUAAUGGAGAAUAAAAUUUUAUAAAAAAUUUAACAGAGAAAUUCCAAUGCAUUUCCAGGUUAAUUCAGAGAAUACGAAUUAAUGGCAAAAGUCUAGAAAGACACAGAUUCUUUACUUUUAAGAAAAGACAUGCUCUGCUCAUUUUUUGAUCAGAUUUUUUCCCUUCGUCAGAAUGGAAUAUUUUCCUGCCCAAAAUAGUAAAGUCUAUUGACUAAAUGAAUAAUUGACUGAUCUAUAGUUUGGUGUAAAAAAUUAAUUAUUGAGGUCCAUAAAAGGAUUUAGACCCAAGUUAGUUAGAGGAUUAAACUAAUGUAGACGCAAAGAAUGCCUAAUUUGGACUCUAAAAUACCUAAUUUGGUAAUUCAGAUAACAAAUAGUUUAAUUAAAUAAAAGAAAUAAAAUAAAAUAAAGUUCUUACAAGAAAUUUUAAGAAUUUUGGUUUAGAAUUGACUUUUGUAGACGAUUUUAAAAUCAGACUGGGAAAUUUUGAAAACUAAAAUCCUGUGAAUAUCUGGGUUAACCCUUUCAUCUCCACAUAAAGCAUAAAAACAAGUUUUUAUCAUGAUAUUUCUUAUGAAAAUGUGCUUUCAGAGAACAUUUCUCAGUCAAAUGUUGGCUUAAACUAAACUUAUUUCCCAUUUAGAAAAAUUAAAAAAAAAGAAAAUAAAAUAUUUCACAUUUAGUUCAGCGUAUAACCGAAUGAACCUGACAGGAUUAAGUGUCUCUAUACUUUUGCUCAUAAUAACGUAUUUUAGAAUUUAUGCGAAAAUUAUUAACAUCUUCAUAAAAAAAUGUACUGGUAAGCUGACCAAGCUUACGAGAGCUGUGUUUCUUUCAGUGUACCAAUUUUGUGAGAGCAAACUAUAACGCAAAUUAAUUUAAAUACACGCAUAGUGGGGAAAAGUUGAAAAGUCAUACCCUAAGAAAUCUUUAGAAGGCCAUAUCUCGAGAACGGAUCCAUAGAUUUUCAUAAAUUGUUUUUUGUUUGAAAGGUCUUGAAGUCAGCUAUAACAUAUCGAAAAAUGAAAAAAAAUUAUGUCGCCAUUUUCGAAAAAUUCGAGUUCGAAAUUUUCGAAAACUUUGUUUUCGAUUUUAGCGCCUCUUGCGGUCAUUUCUCGAAGUUGCAAUGUUCUAGACAUUUGUAGGGUUUCUCGAAACCUUUCAUUUGCGCUUGAGUUGAUCAAGAUCGGACUUGUAGAACCUGAGAAAUGACAUGCCAACUUUGGAAGGCUAUAUCUCGAGAACGGCGACAUAGAUUUUCUUCAUUUUUGGCAUGAAGCUAGAUAAUAUAGUCAGCUAUAACAUAUCAAAAAAUGAAGCAAAUCGAUAAUUGCGUUUUCGAGAUAUUCAUCGAAAACUCAUCGAAAAUUUUGUUUUUGAUUUUUGGCCCUCUAGCGGUCACUUUUGAAACUUCUGAUGUUCUAGAGAGUUGUAGGGUUUGUUGAGAUCUUUCAUUUGACCCCGGGUUGAUCAAAAUCGGUCAAGCCGUUUUCGAGUUAUGGUCGAUUUUCGAUGAAAAAUUGUGGCGGCCAUAUUGACUAAACGGCUUGACCGAUUUUCGAAAAUGAGGUAUCGUUGGAAAGCUCUUGAUGACCCCUACAACAUAUCAAAAUUUCAGAUUUUUAGCUAUUACAGGGGCUGAGAUAUAGCGAAAACAAAAUUUUGAGGUUAUUCAAAAUGGCGGACGCGGGGGUGGGGGGUAAAAUUUGACGUCAUAAUCUGACGUCUUCCAGUCGACUUUUAAACUUUGCCGUUUACCGCAAGUCUCUAUCUAUCACCGUUCUCUCGCAAUUUAGCGUUGUACUCCGGCCGGACGGCCGGACGGACGGCCGGAAAAAAAAAUUUUUGGCGCAUACGUUUUUUGGAAUGUGGGGACCCUAAUUCGUGCUCAUCCCAAGUUUGAGCCCGAUCUGACGACUUUCGAUUUUGCUCGGUACACAAAAGCUGUGUCUGAAAGAAACACAGCUAAAACUGAAAAUAAAAAUUAGAAAAAAAAUGUUCUAAUUUUUUGUGUCAAUUGAUCCUAUUCUGUGACCAAGAAAUCUUUAAGAUUUCAAGGAUUUAUUCUGAAAUUUUAAGGAUUUCUUGGUAGCAGAAUACGACGAUUUUUAAAAAAAUCAUUUUGUUUUCUGUUAUGUGUUUUAGCAAUUUUUUAAAUUUAUUUUUCUUACUCAUUACACUUUAAAUGUUUGGUAAUAAAAUAAGUUUGAAUAAAACUAUUUUUAUCUUUUGCAGCAACAAGAAGUUCUCAAGGCGGAAAAUCAACGGCUCAAGGAUGAAAAUGGGGCCCUUAUUCGUGUGAUUAGUAAAUUAAGUAAA